AUGGCAGCGCCACCUCUCCCCUCCGCGCCUCAGGUGUCUUUGGGACAGAACGUUCUGCUUCAACCCCCACUUUCGCGAUGCGGGCGUGGACCCGGUCUAAUAAUCAUCCGCCCGUAUAGCUAUGCAGAAUGUCAAGCAAAAAAUACCAGUCUUGACCCGGAGCCCGUGCAGAAAUGGGCAGAGGAGAGUUAUGCGGUGGUGCAGAUCACGUUGGAUCAUAAAACGAGUGCGGAUGAGAGUGGUGUUGUGGCGCUUGUGACAAGAGGCAUUGAAGCGUUUGACUCAUCAAGUGAGUUCUACGCUUCUCCCGCCGAUUAUGCGCCUGAAUUCGGAAAGAUCCUGGGUAAUGUCAUCACAGCUUUGAAUAAAAGGCUUGCGGCUGCAGUCUUUUUCAGCUCCUGGAACAUUAGUGAGGAAUCAGUUCCAAUUCUCUCACAUAUUCCUGGGAACUUCCAACCUGCGGGUCCUGUGAAGAAGGACAAUGACACAGUUUACUCAUAUGCGGAUGUUUCUUCCGCCGGGUUUAUCGUCCCUGGGCAUGGUGACUUCAAAAUCACGGCUGCCGGAGUCGCACACACACGCUCCCUGGCAUUCCUGAAGAAACAGCUGAACGGGCCGUACUUCGAUCUGGAGAAGAUCUGGGAGGAGCACACGUGGUACGAAUUCGGGGAUCGAUCCGUAGAAAGGACCAUGGCGACGAUGGUGCAGGAGCCCCGGACGGUCGGCACGGAUCGGAUCGUCGAUGAAUUCAUCUUCAGCCUGACACACAAUAAGGAGAUCGACUGGCUACUACCCGGCAUCCCACCAACUGGAAAAGCGCUCCGUAUCCCAUUUACUUCAGUUGUGAACAUUCGUGGAGAUCGUUUGUAUCACGAACAUAUCGCGUGGGAUCAGGCAACAGUGCUCAUACAGCUAGGUCUGAUGCCAGAAUACCUUCCCUACCCGUAUGCACUUCCCGGUGGACAGCUGCCUGGGCCUGGAAAGAGGUUUGAGUAUCGGGUGCCUGCCGCCGGAGUUGAGACGGCUAUGAAGUUGCAGGAUGAACAUGCAGUGCCGUCAAAUGGAAUGUUUGAGUUUAAGGUGCGUGAGGUAGAUGAUAAAUGA